AAAAAAAUGUACGUUAAAGGGGAAAAAUCAGUGAAACAAACUACUUUGCAUAACACUUAUAUUUCCUAUAUAAUAAUAAGAUAUACUAUAAGUGGUAAAGAUUAUAAUUCUUAAGUUCUUUUUAAAGAACAAAAUAUGCUUAUAAUAACCAGAGCAAAAAUAAACUAAAAUAUAUAUAUUGCCUUUAUAAAUUUGCUUGUUUACUUCUUGCAGAAAAAAUUUAAGACAGCUUAAGAUAUAAAAACAAAACAGCAUAAAUUAAGAAGUGGAACCAAAGACAGAAAGUGGAGCCAGGAGUGGGGCUUGAGUAUUGAGUAUACAUACCUCAAAAUCCUGUAAAGUUACUACUGACUGGGCCAAAGAUUUACCGCUAAGGUUUCUAGGCUCAUAAAUGGGAAAUCUGAUCAGCUACACAGUUCCGUGCCUGUAGCCUAGAGGGCAGACUCUGUCCUGGUGCCAGGCUUGGCCCUAGCACCCUGCCUGGCUCAGGCAACAGAAGGGGCUCAGCAACUGUUAGUUAAAUGAAUGAAUGGUCUCAGGGAAAAUACAGCUCUUUUUGGUUCUUUUUUUUUUUUUUCUGUUCUUUGAGAAUGGAGCCUCACUAUGUUGCCCAAAACUGGUCUUGAACUCCUAGGCUCAAGCCAUCCUUCCACUUCAGACUCCCAAGUACCUGGGACUACAGGCACAUGGCACGGUGCUUUUGGUUCUUAGAUCAGCAAUACAGAUUGCUUUUGAGAGGUUCAAUACAGAGGACACCACUUAACCUCCUAAGUAUACUGCAAUGAACAUGGUGCUUAGCCACAUCCUUAGAGUUGUCACACUGAUAAGUUUGACAGCCUUUUUUCUUGCUGCUUGCCUCUAUAUGAACUAACGGCCUUACACCAAGGUGUGGUCAGUAAAAGUGGGUUUACAAUGGGUGUUCUCUGUAUCAGCAGAAUCUGAAAUAGACCCUUAAAAGUAUCCAACCCAAAGUAGUCAGACAUGGUGGCAUGCGCCUACUGUAGUCCCAGAUACUCGGGAGGCUAAGGCAGGAGGAUCGCCUGAUCCUGGGAAGUUGAGGCUGCAGUGACCCAGGCUAAGGCAUUCUGGCCUAGGCGACAGAGCAAGACCUUGUCUCAAAAAUAUCUAACCCAAAUAAUAUUUACAAUGAAAUUAUUUCCUUUCCUUCUAGAAUGCAAGAGGUUUUAUUAAUAAAAUGUUCUAUCAUGUAUCUUUUGAAACAAAAACUUAUAAUUUAAAAACUAACCUCUCCCUUGAUUUAUUUUUUCCCUCUACUCCAGGAAUGUUAGAGAUGUUUAGAACACUGGCUUUAUAAUAUAUAACUCAGGUUCUUGGAGUCUAUCAUUGUGAGAGUGGGUGAAUGCUUAUCCAGUUGGUUCCCUGGAACUAGAAUUGGAAAACUCUAAGGAUUCUCUCCUGAAAGACAAUGUGCAAGAUUUUUGAAUCCUUGGUAGAUCACAAGUUAAGCAGCUUUUGGACUUUAGAGGAUGACCAGUCAUUCUUUCUGGGUUGGGAAAUCAGCAUUUGUCUCCUGGCUGCUGAGCUCUUAGCUUUCAUCUUGCGGGCCUCCCCACAAGCUCCUCCUGUACCUGCAGUGACAGAACAGCACUAAAGAGUGGAUAAAGGAAAAGGGAACUCAGUUACUGAUUUGUGGUCAGGGCACCAUGUGAGAUGCUUUAUAUAUGUUAUCACUUGUAAUCUCUAUAACAUCCCUGCAAGGUAGCCCUCCUUGUUUUCAGGACAAGGAAGCCAGUGUUCUCAGAAGUCAUAAUAGCCAAAAAAUAAUGAAAUGAAUUUGAAAUCUGGAAUGAUUGAAUCCAAACCCAUGGUCCUGCCACAUAGUCUCCUUUUCUUAGGAAUAACAGAAAUUGGCACACUGAGAAAUAGUUGUAAGAUGUAGAACUCUCUGGUGAGUAGAUCCUGAUUAUUCCUGAAAGAAUUGACAGAAUUGAGUUUCCAGGUCUCAAGAGCUAAGCUGAGCCUUAGUCUGGAGUGACCCUACCAAGGUCCAUCAUGCCCAGGGAGAUCCAGGCUGAGUCAGCUAUCCUUUCUGCCUUUGGCACUUCUUAACUGUGUAUCUUAGCAAUAAUUUGGCUCUUCCAAAAAUGAACUCGAAUUUCUUACUUCAAAGUCUUCUCCUUGUAUUUGCUUAUCCACUUAAAUGCUUUUUAGUUUCAUGUUAAUACUGAAUACUGCCAAAUCUGUACACCUACCGUCCCCACCUGGGUUUCCCACAAAAGCCUUUGCACUCAUUUUGUUCCAACCAAACUCACUUGCCCACUAACCCAGCUUUUCCUCCUGCACAUGCUUUUUCAUUUGUUGACAAAAGUCAAGCUGUUAUAAAAGAUCCAUUUGGGUCAAGCUAAAGACCUGAACACCAUCCUUGGUCCUUCCCUUAUUCCCACUUCUCCAUAUAUAUCGAAUGAGAUCCUUUUUAACCCCUAAACACUGCUCCCUUCUAUCUCUUCCCCUCAGUCCAACCACCAUUGCUCCAGUUCAAGCCAUCAUUAGCUUUUCUCUGGACAAUUGCAGCAGCUUCCUAAAUGGUGUGUCUGUUUCCAGUUCUGUGUCCUCAGAGCCCUCCUCCUCAACACAGCUGCCGGAGAUGGAUCUCAAAUGCAAUCUGAUUACAUCAAUUUCAGUAUAAAACCUUUCUCUGCUUAUAGGAUUACCUAUAGGAAAAAAUUCAAGCUUACUAACCAAGCAGCCAGGGUCCUCCAGGGAUAGCCCUUGCCUCUGUCUACAGCACCGCUUCUCUUCACACACAACCGGUGUGCUCACAAAUUCCUCAUUAAAUCACGACUUCAACACCUUGGCUAAAGUGUCGCGUUCAGCACAGAGAUGGAAGUAAGAGGCAGAAAACAGAAGAACCGCGAGAGAAAUGGAUCCUGUCUAUUAAGGCAACAUGAUGCAGCGUUAAAAGGUUAGGAGGUUGCGAUCCCCGGGGCUAAGAGAAAUAAACUGCUGGCGGUGAACGAAAGGGGUGCUGGAGCGCAGCGAUCUCGAACCUUUCCCUUACAGCCAAACCCUGGCCAAUGCCACAAAUUUCAAAUCGCCUUAAAACUAAACUGUCUGGCGCUUAACGGUUCCCUCCGCUGAGCGAAACCCUUGGCUACUGCUGAUUUAACUACGGGUCCGCGCGAGUUACUUUCCAGGGAACUGAAUUCAGAAGAAAGAGUCACCGAAGCCUUACUCCUAUCCCAAAAUUAGAAUUCCCUUUUUCUUAAGUCAUAUAGGAAACACACAGUUCACAAGUCCUGCGGUGCAAAGGUGUGAACCCUGGCCCAGGGAGGUGGUGACUCCCCCGCCCUCUGCCUCCCGGUUGUCCUGCUUCCGAAAGCAACCCACGACGGUCCCGCAGGAUGAGGGUUCGCUGGGAUCAGUUCCCUGGGAUCCGGAGAAUGCUACGCGGAGUCUCCCUACAGGGCUCCGCUGCUGUACGAGACCACUGAACCCCCUGAAAGCUUCCCUGAAGCAGCGCGCAUAAUCCCGGGACCUUCUCUGGAAGGCGCGCCGAGAGCGGUGCGCGUGGCCUGGCACCGGAAGGAGCCAGCUUCCGUGCUCCGAGGCACCCCCGGACAGCGCCCCGGGCCGCGGGUUCCUCCUCUGAUACCCGGGCGUCGGCGCCGGGAUCGGGAGCUUCGGGGGCCCACCGGCACUAACGGUUUUCGCUUCCCUGGCGGGCAGCUGGACGAGGUCCCGCCGCUGCACCGGGAGGGACCGUGGGUAGAAAAAGCCGCUGCAGCGCCGGGGCGAUGGGGCUGAGGGCACCGUCACUUGUUGCGACCAAUAAACGGCGCUCGAUCCUGAUGCGCUGUUUCUAAAAUCUUUAGCUGUGUCCCGAUCCCUCCAACCCAAGCCCCUCGGCUGGGAGGAAGGGGCAAGCGAGAGCCGCUGGCGCUGUGGGAGGGGAGGGGCGCCGCGCCCCAAGAGCCCCCGUCCCGCUCUGCGGCAGCCGCCCCGGGGCGCCCAGCCGCCCGCUUCCCUCAGCAGAGCGUCUUCCCUGACGGUGAAACCGCGCGGGACACAACCCACCGCGGCUCAUCACCCACUUACAAAUAGCUGUCGCUACGAUUCCCGCCACUCCUCUCAGACCGGCCCCCCCGCCACCUCUGCCACUUUUCGGAGUCCCCCGCCCUCGUCACUGCCUCCCCGGAGCUGCGGGGCAGUCGGACGCAGAGCUGCCGAACCGCGAGAACGCCUGGCCAGAGCUGCCCUCUGCAGCCGAGCCGGCGCCCCCUGCCCUUCACCGCCGCGCUGGGCGGGCGCCCCCGCCGCCCUCACUCCGCUCCUCCCGGCUCCUCGCGCGCAGGUCGCGGAGCUCCUCCACCGCUGGGUGCAGCGAGGCCGGCGCGAUGCGGCAGCUGUGCCGGGGACGAGUGCUGGGCAUCUCGGUGGCCAUCGCGCACGGGGUCUUCUCGGGCUCCCUCAACAUCUUGCUCAAGUUCCUCAUCAGCCGCUACCAGUUCUCCUUCCUGACCCUGGUGCAGUGCCUGACCAGCUCCACGGCGGCGCUGAGCCUGGAGCUGCUGCGGCGCCUCGGGCUCAUCGCCGUGCCCCCUUUCGGUCUGAGCCUGGCACGCUCCUUCGCGGGGGUCGCGGUGCUCUCCACGUUGCAGUCCAGCCUCACGCUCUGGUCCCUGCGCGGCCUCAGCCUGCCUAUGUACGUGGUCUUCAAGCGCUGCCUGCCCCUGGUCACCAUGCUCAUCGGCGUCCUGGUGCUCAAGAACGGCGCGCCCUCGCCAGGGGUGCUGGCGGCCGUGCUCAUCACCACCUGCGGCGCCGCCCUGGCAGGAGCCGGCGACCUGACGGGCGACCCCAUCGGGUACGUCACGGGAGUGCUGGCGGUGCUGGUGCACGCCGCCUACCUGGUGCUCAUCCAGAAGGCCAGCGCUGACACAGACCACGGGCCCCUCACCGCGCAGUACGUCAUCGCCGUCUCCGCCACUCCGCUGCUGGUCAUCUGCUCCUUCGCCAGCACCGACUCCAUCCACGCCUGGACCUUCCCUGGCUGGAAGGACCCAGCUAUGGUCUGCAUCUUCGUGGCCUGCAUCCUGAUCGGCUGCGCCAUGAACUUCACCACGUUGCACUGCACCUACAUCAACUCGGCCGUGACCACCAGCUUCGUGGGCGUGGUAAAGAGCAUCGCCACCAUCACGGUGGGCAUGGUGGCCUUCAGCGACGUGGAACCCACCUCUCUGUUCAUUGCCGGCGUGGUGGUGAACACCCUGGGCUCCAUCAUUUACUGUGUGGCCAAGUUCAUGGAGACCAGAAAGCAAAGCAAGUACGAGGACCUGGAGGCCCAACCCAGGGGAGAGGAGGCACAGCUAAGUGGAGACCAGCUACCAUUCGUGAUGGAGGAGCUGCCUGGGGAGGGAGGAAAUGGCCGGUCAGAAGGUGGGGAGGCAGCAGAUGGCCCCCCUCAGCAGAGCAGGCAAGAGGUCAGGGGCAGCCCCCGAGGAGUCCCGCUGGUGGCUGGGAGCUCUGAAGAAGGGAGCAGGAGGUCGUUAAAAGAUGCUUACCUCGAGGUGUGGAGGUUGGUUAGGGGAACCAGGUAUAUAAAGAAGGAUUAUUUGAUAGAAAACGAGGAGUUACCCAGUCCUUGAGAAGGAGAUGCAUGUAUGUACCUAUGUGCAUACACUUAUUUUAUAUGUUAGAAAUGACAUGUUUUAAUGAGAGGCCUCCCCAUUUUAUUCUUUGAGGAGUGGGAAAGGGAAGAAAAGAAAGAAGCUGAAAGGUACUGACACAGAGCAACAAAAUUAGCACCUGUGUGAAUUUAGUGUGACUUCACCUGAGGCAUCACAGAGACAAAAGAAUGUGAAGGUACUUAACAAAGUAAGGCAAUGGUUUCUGCUUCAGACUCCUGGCACAUUUAAUUUUUGUCAUUAUAACCAUAACUAAAUAUCUGCAUGUACCAAGAGUCCCCAAGCCACCCCCUCCAAAGAUGGAGUGUAGAAAUGAUGAGAGCACUUAAUAAGUUCAAAGAUGACAUUCAGGGAUGCAUUUUUGAUGAUAGAACUACAGUUUUUAUCGCCAGCUGGGCAAAGAGUAUAUUGCUGAAAUGAUAUAUAAAUAUACUGAAUUGAUGUUUACUGAUUAUAGUCAUCUGAAAUACCAUAUUUACUCUGAUUCUACUCACUUGUUUUUUAAAAAUAGGUGUCCUAUUACUGUAUUAUAUAUUGAUAGAAACUGUAAAAGCUAUUUUGAAAAUAUGAGUUCUUAGCUUUAAUCAUGAAGUCUAGUUUGCUUUUAGUAAUUAUCUUAAAAGUUGUUCCAUUCAUUGCUUUAUAAUAUUUAUUACUGAAUGCCAAACCUGUUCUUUUUUUUUUUUUUUUUUACUGUGUCCAAUAUUCUUUCAAGCAAAUGCAAUGGCUGGAAUAUAAUUCAGAAUUAACUGAAACCCAGCCAGAAGAGGGACCACCUGUAAAGCAAGUCCUUUCAAGUUGUGCUGCACAUCCCAAACCAUGUUACAAAAAGAGCAACUGCUAUAUUCACAUUAUGAUAUUUUUCUAUCUUAAAUUUGUCAAAAUAAAGUAUGAGUCUAACUAUUAAAA